AUGAUAGCUUUUUCUAAUUUACAGAUGCAUUAUUCUAUUAUUAUUUGCAUCUUCAUUUUGAUUUUACUGGUAAUUGUUGAGCCCACAGAUGACUACUACAAAACUUUAAAAGUUCCACUAAAUGCAUCAACCGAGCAGAUUAAGAAAGCCUACAGAGAUUUAAUGCAGAAAUAUCAUCCGGACAAAAAUAAAAAUGAUCCGAAAGCAAAGGAAAUCACACAAAAAAUAAUUGAGGCUUAUGGCGUUCUUAGUGAUGAGGAAAAACGGCGAAAUUUUGACAAUGAAUUCCGCCCAACUUGUGGAUCAUCAUAUACAACGUCGAGUGGAUCAUCUACAACAUCUGGUGGAUCAUCUACAACGCCUGGCGGAUCAUCUACAACGCCUGGCGGAACAAAUUAUACAGCGUCAGGUGGAUCAUCUACUACGUCUGGAGGAUCAUCUACUUCAUCAGCUGGAACUUCGUCAUCUGGAACCUCGUCACAUGGAUAUACAAAUUUUGGUAUUCUUUUAUAUUUUUUGCUUUAUUGUCAACAGAUUAAAUUAAUUCAAAAAAUCUCAGUUAAUGUCCCCCAUAUUUUUAUUUUUUUAAAUGGCACGUAA